AUGCACACAGGGACCACUACUCGGAUCUCGGUCAAUAACGUCUGCGGACCAGCCAUCCCGGUUCGCUCUGGCGUCCGCCAGGGGUGCCCCCUCGCCCCCCUCCUCUUCCUUGGUGUUAUUGAAAUUUUCCACCGCUACUCCUCCCACUUCCUCCCCGGGUUCCCCAUCUCCCGCACGCAGCGUCGCCUCAUGGCAUGCUAUGCCGAUGAUGUGACUAUCUUUCUCAACUCUGACCAGGAGCUCCAAAAGGCAUCUCACGUGCUCCUUUCCUUCGCUGCUGUGUCAGGCGAACACCCUAACUGGGCCAAAUGUGCCAUCCUCCCUUUCAACAUCCCCCCCGCUUCAGUCACCUACGCCGGCUCCAUACCCAUUCGGGGCGAGGAAGAAUUCGAACGAAUUUUGGGGAUCCAUGUGGGCCUUUCCGGCCGAUCCGAGGUCACCUGGGAACGAGCUCAGACGCAAAUUGAACGCUCAGCCAGUUUCCUUGCCAAUCUCCAUGCCUCCUCCACCUGCCGAAAGAAUCUCUCCAACAUCUUCCUCAACUCCACCCUCUCCUUUCCCGGCAGAUUCCAACCCCCCCCCGACCCAUCUAUCCAUGCCAUCGACGCGGUUGUAGGAAACUUGCUCUCCUCAUCCAAAUUCCGCGAGGAGGGCCGGUCCACACGCCUCCUCACUAAUAGUACCAUCUACAACAAGGUUGAGCAUGGCGGGCUCGGCGCAAUCCGCCCUUCCACGCAAAUCCUCGCGCUUAACGCUCAGCGUGCUCUGCGCCGUUUCUCCCACCUUCCCAAUGCUACGGUCGCCAGGGAGCUGGUUCCCAUCCCCUUCGGGCUGCACGGCUUCAUGCUUCAUAAGGACUUCCCCUCAGUGCUGCCUGACUCAGUACCUGCCCAGUUGCGAGAGGAAGUUAAAGCUCUCGCGAAACUAAACCUCACCAUUCUUCCCCCCCGCCCAGAGUUCUGGUGUAUUCUGGCAGAACCCGUCCCUUACAACCGAUUCCUUCUCAAGUCGGACGAUCGCCCCUUCGGCCGCCUCAAAGAUGAAGUCUUACGGAGGAGGUACGCGUUGGUCACAUCGUCCGACGCGACGCGACUGGAGCCCGACGUAUGA